AUGGUAGGGCCACUUUGGACACCGGAAGAACUGUGGUGGCUGGUCCUAGCAUGGGAAGAAACCCUGAAGGAGACGGAGAGCAAUGCUGGGAAGAAGAAAAAAAUGAGCUCGUCCGAGUGGAACAAGUUGCUUCAUGAGCACUUUGUGGCGUUUGCGGGUGGUUCCAGUCCCCGCACUGUUGCAACCAUUUCGAUUCGGAAGGAUAUUCUCCAGAACUCGUACGAAUUUAUCCGAUCGUUUCUAAGCAACAAGGAAACGAGUGGAUCUUUGGACUGGUUCGCGCUGACCACGAACGACCAGCGCGAGUUGAUGAAAACCGCAGGGGGUAAGCGUGUGCAGCCCAUCGAGGAGCGAGUGUUCAAUGCGUUGGAAACCAUUUUGAAGGACAAAAUAGCUGCGGGCCACGAGAGUGAGGGCGAAGACUUUGGAUACGAAGACGACUAUUCCAGCGACGGGGAUAAGUUCGAGAAAGUCAUGAAGGCGAAGAAGAAAAGGGCACCAGUGUCUAAGAAAGUGGGCAAACGCAGAUCAAGUGGUGGAAAAACAAGCAAGAGUGCUCUAGAAGAGGAGAGUGGCGAGCUGUUGCGCGUGAAGGAGGAUGACCACGCGAAGAAAAAGCAUCGCCACGUUUCUAGCAAGCCUUCGUCACCAAAGGUUGGACUGAAGGACAUUUUGGAGCGUCAAGGCGAGGUGCUGGCUGGAUUCCUUGAAAAACGUGCUGAAGAGCGGUCGCAGGAGCACGAACGAAGCCGCCAAGAGCGUGAAGCUGAUCAGAAAUUUUGGGCUGCUGAGACCGCGAAAGACCGAGCUCUUCUGCGUGAGUUGUUCACGAACAAUUAA